UGAGAAUCUACCUACCGAUGGCCACAUCGCGACUAUCUCGGAAAUAAGAACAUCAGCGGCAAGUAGGCACGCUCUCAUUUGGGUCACCUCCGUGAAAAGUAAGUACGUCACAGGACAUGUUUACAGAAAGAUCCAAUUUUUUCAUCCGUCCGAUGCAACUACAAGGUCUUGUCUCUCUAGUUGUUCCGACUUAAGCAGAUUUCAUCUCCAAGCUACAUUCAGACCGCGCAUUUUCGUGGAACUUCGUUUUAUUACAUUUUCAGCUCAAUCCUCUUUCGAUGAAUGUAGACCGAUCGCUAGUGCCAAACACGAUCCUUCAAAUACUCACGAUAUCGCACUACAAUCCAUAGAUUUUUUGAAACGCAACGUAAAGUUGUUGUACGUUUUUUUGAAUGUUGUUGUCUACACAACUUGAUUGUUGUCAGCCUACAUGAUUUUUUAGGAAAAAUCUAACAUGUCUACUGCCUGGAGGUUUUAUUCCUGUUGACACGCUACUACUGAAAGCGACUUUGCCAACAUGCAGUCGGCGUCGACACGAAUGCACUUCGACUCGGUUGUCGCAUCACCUUGCGUGACCGAGCUGGAGCUGCUUUCCCCCUGCUCCCCAAGCUUCUCCUCCUCAUCAACAGCCCCGCAUAGUAAACGGAGAAAAGACCACCACUAUCCAUCAGCCAGACGGCCUACCUGUGGAUUUGCCACCAGAAUGACCUGCCUCGGCCUAUUCCUGACGACCUCCACAACCACAGAUCAACUGCUCUUUGUCUCCGGAAAUAACUCCGCUACUUCUUCCAGCAGCAACAAAGCGACCCCCUCACCGCCAAAAGUCGGCGUCAGGCGGCAAGCCCGGUCUAUCAAAGGGAAAAAUGCUUCCUCCCCAUAUCAAAACGAAACUUCUGAUGCUGGAUUUGUGUACACAAAUCCGAGCUGUCUUGCUGGAGAGCACUGCAGGCCAAUACUAAGGGCGGGGAGAAGGGUGUUGGCUUAGGCACUUAGCAUGAAAAACGUCCGCGCUGUAGGCACAACAGCAUGACAAAUCGUCUGCACAAUGUGGCGGUUGUCUGUGGAGUUGCCUUCUUGCACGACAGACGCGAUUUGUGACCACAAAUCAGCAUCACAAAUUUCCGAAAGUGUACCUUUUUGGUAUGGAGAGGGGGGAUUUUUCCUUUCAAUACGGUCUCCCCAGUCGUUUGUUGUGGAAGUCACGGCGCAAAAAUUGGACGAUGAUGACAAAUAUCAAAUGCAAAUAUGUCUAGGUCUGGAAGGAUGCAAGACUUGUCAUGCAUGUUUUCUAUGCCCCAUGAGGCUUGGAAUGCAGGACCUAGCAUGGCAGGUUCUGCGACGUCUGUGCCACGGCUAUCCUGCAUGACAAACUGCUUCUAUCUAAACUUGUUCAAAAGUGUACAGCUCUUGGUAGUCAUGCAACAAAAAUUUUUGUACGAUCGAGACGUAGCAUGGCAAGUUCGCGUCCUCCCAGAACCAGACAUAUUUGCAAUGCAUAACAAGUCGUCCUCUAGUGAGGAAACUAGUGCAGAGGCAGCUGCUCUGGCUGCGAGAAAUACUAAACGGGCAGCUUGGCGGGCGAAAAGUAGGGGGAAAAAGCAAGACAGUGCAGAGACGGACGAGGAUAAUGACAGAGUGGUGCAACACGACGUCAUCCCGGAGAUGGACAAAGAUUACGCGGAGAAUAUCCUGAGCAAAAACGUUCCCACCCCAUAGUCAAGACGGGGACUUAGCAACACAAACCUGGAAGUUUUGGGAGUCACGCAUGACAAGUUGCACCCCGUAGUGUAGUGCAGCUUAGCAAGGACAGUCGCAUUACAAAUCCAUCUCCUCGUGCUGUUUACAGCAUUACGAAUUGAUUCCAAAGCACGAUAGAAAAUGGCCCUCAUGUUUGGGAUGCGCAUUACAAAUGUUUCUGCAAUUGCAAAUCUGCAUGACAGCUCUGGUGUGGGGACGUUUUUACUCAGGAUAGAAAAGCACGGCACCGACCCAGAGUCCGCGAUACGAGCGGCGACGGACAAUUUAGUCGAAUCUUCCGAGCUCGCAUACCAGAAGCAGCAAAACAAGAAGAAGCAAGUAUUACAAUGAAAAACGCCCCCACCCCUCAAUUGCCAGCAUUUGUACUGCAAACCUUUGCAAUAGAAACAUUUCCCGUCUUGCAUAUCUCAGCAGCACAAAUUUUCCAUGCUGAAUAGCUCGAAUUUCAAUUUGUGUUGCGAAGGGGCCCAACAGCAGCCGGAUCUGUUAUGCAAAAGGCACCUUGCGCACCUAGAUUCUGCAUCAGAAAGGCUCGCAAUCCUUUCAUGCAAGACAAAAAGCUUUGAUUUGGAAACUUUGCAUGACAAACUUUUAUUCGGGGUUGGGAGCAUUUUUCACUGCAAUAGCAAGAGAAAAAAAUGCAGUCGGAGAACGAGAGAACGAGGCUACCGGUGUUGCUAGGAACGGGGAAAAAAUUAUUCGAGUGCAAGAUCUAUGCAUUGCAAAAGUAUCGUACUAUCUAGUAGUAAAUGCAAUACAAAUUUCCUCAGCUGCAUGAGAAACAAAAUUUGUAAUGCGGAUCUACGUAUCACAAAAAGAUUUCGAUUUGUAAUGCAUGACUGCAAUUACUACGAGUGCGAUACAACUUUUGCGCAGGAUAAAAUCCCGCCGCCAAUCGGCGACGAUAUGGAGCGGAUUUACUCCCUAGCGAAGGCGAAACUCGCGGUGUUGGAGCAUGUCUGUGUGAAGCUACCGGAUACAAAGGAAGACGCGGACAAAAUCCACUCUGUUGACUCCGAGUACGAUCUGUGUUUCGAAAGGGGGGAAGCUUUGCUUCGGCCAAGAGCAGCGCUUCUGAAUCCAAACGUCGGACACACACCGCAGCACACGAAGCAGCAGCAGGAGUUAAUACCCUCGGAUCAGAUAGUUUUGGCCAGGGAUAACAAGAAGGAGGAUCAUGAGAACAGUAGUAGUGCAACAUCUUCUUCCAACACCCCACAUGAUACUACUAUUCUGUCCCUGAGAAAGCGGAUGUGGCUGAUAAGAUCCCUAAUCGAGGGGAAAGAUUACGAGCAGGAGGAUGUGGACAAGAAGUUGCAGAAGGUGAGAACGGAAAUGGACGAAAUGAGCAGGGAACAGGGGAUUAUUACAACUCCGGAUGACGAGCAACUGGCGAAUAGGAAUACCGAUGCCGUCACAGCACAAAACAGUAGAAACGCGACUGAUAGAAAUUCUGCACCGGAUUCUCCUUCGUCCGCCUCCUCCGAGAACUCCAAUGUGAUGGUCACGGCUAAGGAGUUCUCAAAUGUUACAUCAUUCUCAACUGUUACACGAAUUUGUGACGCAAAAACAGAAAGAGGGAAAGUGGCAAGCUUGCAAGUUCUGACCCUAUGCCGUUCCAGCACCUGCGGAGGCUUGCCUCCAAAGCUACGCUGGACAAUGGCAAUGUCGGUGCGGUUGUUUUAGCAUCACAAAUUUGGCACAUCAGAUUCUGAUGCUGUUUAGCAGUUCGAAAAUUUGUCAUGCGAAGCAGCGUGAUCGUUUGGCAGCUCAUGGUCAUUCUGCAUGGCAAAUCAUGUAAGAACAGUUGAGAACGUAAAAACAUUUGAGAACGCCAUAGCGGCAGCGUACCAGCCGAAGCAAGCGAGCUCUUUGAUUUAUCAGGAAGAAACGGGGUACUACGUCCCGAAGCCGGAGAAGCCGCCCAAAUACCCAGCUGAAUACGGGAAAAAGCGGAAAACGGAUUUUGUACCCGACAUUGCGGUAGCGAUUCACUUUCUCAACGGGAAAAAGAAAAUCACCUGCGAAUGCGCACGGCCGACGGAGGAGACAAUAAGGUUUUUAUCCUGAGUAAAAACGUCCCCACACCAGAGUCAAGAUGGGAGAUCGGCUAGACAAAUCAACCAGCUGUGUUUGUUUCGCAUGACAAGUUUCGUCCCCUCGUAGCGUUGUCCUGUUUAGGUAGUUCAGCAGCAUCACAGAUCUAGACUAUCAUCUUGAUUCUAGCAUCACAAAUUCCACGACGCGACUAGAAAACGCUUUUCAUGGGGCUCCGCAUGAGUAACAUUUUGAGCUUGCGGAUUGGCAUGACAACUCUGGGGUGGGGACGUUUCUGCUCAGGAUAGUUUUUGGUGGAUGUCGACACAGUCACCGGCCUGGGGGAAAAAAAAUUGUUGCUCGCGAAGGCCGUCUCGCCGGACAGGAUCGUCUCUCCCGCGUGCUGCAGCUUCAAGGGAAAACCCGCGCCAGAGGUCUGUGGACAAUUUUGUAAUGCUGUUCUUGGACGACGAACAUCAAGUCGAUCAUUAGUACGAUUUGUAUUCGCUAUUCAAUGAGAUCAUGAUAAACAACAAAAUCAAAAACGUCAAUCAGGACCUCCUCUGGCCAUUGCUGCACUCCCAGGAUUUCUGCUCUCGCUACCAGCCGCAGCAAUACAAGCAACUUUCCGGCAUCACAGAUUCCGAACUCUACACAAGAUCCUGGUGGACGACAGAGUUUUGCCUCGGUAUGUAUUGCAAAUAUGUGUCUGGAAGGUUGCAACUUGUAAUGCUGUCUUUGGAUUCUAAAAACAUCUGUGAUGCUGAUGUUGCAUGAACAGCAAGAGAAGUUGAUUUUGUGCUACGCGGAGACGGCAUUUGUCAUGCAGUAUAGGCAUCGGGAUUCAGGAAGCCGAAGCCCUGAAAAAGUCUGUGAUGCUAGAGCAUGCAUCCACAGACAUCAUGGGUCAUGCAAAAUGUGCAUGACAAGUCUGGCACUCAUUUUCCAGACCCUUACAUAUUUGCAAUGCAUACUCGGGGCAAUCACCCAGUUCCACGUGACAAAGUCCGGGCAGGCGCACGGGUCCAGGAUAGGCUUGGGUUACUUGAAGCCGGCGGAUUUGAUAUGCAAUGCAAAAGUAUCGUACUGCAGUUAUGCAUCACAAAUCCAGAUGUUACGCAUUACAAUUUCCAUUUCUGGUGCUGAGGAAAUUUGUAUUGCAAUCACUACUAGCACGAUGCUUUGGCAGUUCACAUUUGACGAUGACAAACAACGCGCUGUUGCAUAUCAGAAGGAAAAAUCCCCCCUCCCCAUAUCGAAACGGAGAUCUGUGAUGCAGAUUUGUGGUCACAAAUCAGCUUUGCCGUGCUAGAAGGGAAAAGAUGCGGACUGUAGUGCCGAUUGGCGUGGGAAAGCCUUGCAUCUUCAGCAUGACAGGAGGCAGCUGGAAGGGGGAAACAGCAUGACAAAUCGCCUGCAAAGAAGGCCACAACUGCGGCUCUUGGCCUUCUAGCAUGACAAGUCGAUUUGUGUACUGAAAUACAGCAUCACAAAUUGCGUUUUCGAUAUGGGGAGGGGGGAUUUUUCCUGUAGAUAUUGCAAACUGUGGAGGGCGGGACGUGCUCGAGUCAAUUUCAAGUUUUCACGGUAUAGAACACCAGAUUGUUCGGAACGGUUUUUGUAUCGCGUAAAAAUGAUCCCGCUUCCUGAAGUGCAUGUUGUGAAUGCGCGUGCUGGAUGACAAAAUUGAUUGGAAAUGAAAACAGCUUUCCGCCAAGUGGCUGGAGCAGCAAGUCCCAGUGGGUGGACACGCCUCGCGUGUCACUUCAUCUUUUCCACAGGAAACAUGAUGGCUGAGCUUUGGAAAUGCCGCAACACCAGGACCAGAAGCAGGCCACAGCGCCUUCGUUCUGUGCGUUGUCGUUCAGAUGGCCGGACGCUGUGUCGUGGGCCCGCUCUUCGAACAGUGGCCGGGCCGCCUCCUUGACCGGGGCUCGACGAGGCCCUUCGCCCGGAAGAGGAGGCCCGGCAAGGGGGGUGGUCGGGGGGGUGCAUUUUUGCCCCCUUCGGAAACCCCUUUCGGGUACCCCUUCCGGGUACUCCUUCGGUAGCCUAUGCCGACCCCCUAAUCUCCAUUGGAAACUGCCGAUUUUGCGUGCCCCAAAAUGGUAGCCCAGAGGCAGCCCAAGCGGACCCCCCUACCCCCCCCCUUCGGCACCCCCCCCGGAAACACUUGACUGCUGGUGCGUCCGCCUCCUCAAUAUCCGGCGGGCCGGAGAGGGGAGAUGAGAAGAUAUCUGGGCGCGUCCGGAAUUGAAUGUGGGAGAGGGGGCGCGGCUUCCCGCAGCAGAGGGCCGCAGGCCGGUGCAAGUCCAACAAAGUGCUGUGGUUUUAUUGGAAAAAAGGGAUGGCCGGAUGGCGGACCGUAGCACCGAAGUGUGGCGCCAACAUCUACAUGGCCAACGGGAAAAAAAGCCGUAGCGACACCCCCAAAAGCCAGAAUAUUUUUGCCCCCCCAAAAUGCGCGCUUGCAAAAAUGAUGAUAUUUGCCGACUUUUCCGCCCUAACAACAAAUCAGCUUUCCGCUAAGUGGCUGGAGCAGCAAGUCCCGGUCAAUGAUGACGACUCCGCAGACGAGCAUCUUCGCGGUUACGGCGGCACCUUCAACCCGUUGCACGUGGAGGGGUUUGAAGGUCGUCUGGUGCAGAACGAGGCGGACAAGAACGUAUCAAAUGUAAAAAUGGCUGGGUCUGGAAGAGUUGGAACUUGUGAUGCAAACUCUGGAACAGACAAAAAUUUGUGUUGCAUGAGCGCCAGAAGCUGCCCACUUCAACUUCUUGGUACGCAAGUAGCAAGUUUCUCAUGCGGGACAGGCAUCAUGAGGCGUGCUCAAAACCUGUGAUGCUUUUGCCUGCAUCAGACACCAUUUGCGUGAUCCGAAAUAUGCAUGACAAGUCUCGGAAUCUUCCAGACCCAGACACUUUUGCAUUUCAUAGAACGUCUACGGCUGCAACGAAUACAAGCAGAAAGUAGAACCCGGGUCCAUCAUGGUCGUCAAAAGAGGUAACUUAUCAAAUGCAAAUAUGUCUGGGUGGUCUGGAAGAGUGCGCGAUUUGUCAUGGAGCUUUUCCAUGACGCAUGAGGUCUGGAAUGCAGGGCCUAGCAUGACAGAUUCUGUGCGAUCUCUAUCAUGCGUAGCCUGCAUGAGAGACCCCCUCCCGACGUGGUCAAAACCGGGCGACUUUUGGGAAUCAUGCAACACAGAGUUUUGCAUGAUUCGGAUUUAGCAUGACAAAAUGUAUUCUUCCAGACCCGGACAUUUUUGCACUGGAUAUAGCUGCUGGUUCCACGAGAAAGCGCUCCGGGCGCAGAACGCAGGGGCGAGGGGAGUCAUCAUCGCGUAUUACCGUGAAAAAUGCCCCCACGACCCCGAAAGUUUGAAUAAUUUGUGAUGCGACCAUUGUUCCAAAUGAAAACUUUUUGCCAUGCAUGAAAGGACUGCGAAUCUUUCUGAUUCGAAGUCUAGUCGUAUAGUCAGCAUCGCUUGCAUGACAAGCGCCGCUCUUGCUGGGGUCUCUUGCAAUACAGAUUUUUGCUAUAUUCGCGAUGGGAAAUCUGCGAUGCUGAUACAUGCAAGAGGGCGAGUGUUUCCAUUGCAAAGUUUCGCAAUACAAAUGCUCCCAAGUAGUAGUUCUGGGGUGGGGGCAUUUUUCUUCACAAUAUCGCGAACGACGAUCGACCCAUGGCGGAUAUCAUGGAGGUUUAUUAGCGUACACAGAUAAAGCUUUUUUGAUCUAUGAAGUCACUCUAGCAUGAGAAAUAAAUGCUCUGAUGCAUGGUCCGCAUGAGAAAUAAUUGAAGUUCCCAAAUAAAAACAUGGUUCCACAUCCUCUAGGGCGUCGACACGCUCCCGGCCCCCCACAUCAUGUCCGUGCUGGUUAACCAGCAGCUGGGGAAGAAGUUACUGGAAAUAUGCAGUGCAAAUAUGUCUAGACGUCUGGAAGGAUGCAAGCUUUGUCAUGCUUGUCUGGCAUGACCGAAGAUCUUGUGAUGCGUGUUCAAGAAAGAGACCCUGUUGCCUGUCGUGCAAAGACGCAGUUUGUCAUACGGAAAGCGCAACACUAAGCCGCGAAAAUAUUUCUCAUGCUUGGCUGUGCAUUACAGAGCAUUCACCGUUCGCAAGCCAGCAUUACAAGUUUCCAGACCCAGACGUCAUAUUUGCAUUUGAUAGGAAAACGCGAAGGGGAGCCCGUUCGUCAAAGUGAAAAAACACGUGGAUGACGAGGUGCAAACGAAAUCGCUGACGACCUUUGUCACGCUGUACUGCAGUUCUGAAUGGGACCAACCGGUGUGUCCGAAGGGCACAACUGUUGAAAUUUUCAUGGACGACACGUGGAAGCGAGGGGUGGUGGAGAAGGAGCUGCCGGAUUUGAACCACCUGCUGAUUGUCCACGGAAAGCAGGCGGCGGUCGAGAAAGUACUUAUAGUUAUACUGCGGUUUUCGUAGUCUUUGUCUUGGUCUUGUACAACUAGGCUUCGCAUUAUAAUCUUCACUGAUUUAUAAUUCAUGCCUGUAUAAUAGCGGUACUGUAUAAUCUAUGCGCAACAUUCUGUCGAUGACAAAGUCUAUCAUCUUGAUCUCAUCGUCAUCUCUUCUGAAAAUCAAAGAUCGUCCACCGCAACUCCGUGCAUCGACUUCCGGAUUUCAUGCCCUGCACGCCCUCCCCAGUCUAUCAAAAGGAAAAAUCCCUCCUCCCCAUAUCGAAAACGGAAUUUGUGAUGCUGUAUUUGAGUACACAAAUCGACUUGUAAUGCUAGAAGGCCAAGAGACGCAGCUGUGGCCUCGUUUGCAGGUAAUUUGUCAUGCUGUUUCCCACUUCCAGCUGCCCCCUGUCAUGCUGAAGAUGCAAGGCUUUCCCACGCCAACCAGUACUACAGUGCGCAUCUUUUCCGUUCUAGCACGACAAAGCUGAUUUGUGACCACAAAUCUGCAUCGCAAAUCUCUAGUUUGAGUAUGGGGUGGGGGGAUUUUUCUUUUUGAUACAGUCCGCGUCGAGUUCGUGGAGGAGCCCAAAAACUGCCAGUCCAACAUUAAAGUUCACGUUGCGAUAUGCAAGGAAAAAACUAUGUAAGUGUAAGUCUGUGACGCAAAAGAUGCAACACAGCUACGCUUGUCAUGCUCCGCAUGCAGGAUAAGCUCAUUUCCUACGUGUUUAUUCCCCGUCCUAUCUGCGCAUGACAAGUUUUUCCUGUCAUAGCAGACAAACUUGUGAUGCUGUUUUGGCAAAAGACCUACACUAGUAACACAGUUUUUUUCUUGGAUACGCGAGUCUCUGCGGCCACAACAGUCUGCUCCCGCAGCAGAAGACCAAAACGGAGAAAAUCCGCUGCGGCUUACCUGACACGAGUAACCAGCUGGUGCACUAUUUGAACCGGGUCGGGAGGAGGUUGAGCGAUCCCGAGGACGGCGGGGAGAAGAAAACGAGGGAGGAGUUAUAGGGGCGGGAUGGAGGAAGAGAGGGCUGGUUUGAUGAAAUCACGUGGCUGUUGGUGCGACAUGAUUUAGAUUUUUUCACAGCUAUUUAGAGCUACAAUUACCAGCGACGAAAAGAAACGCAUGCUUGAAGUCAGUACUUUUUCUCCCAACUGCCGUAUCCCGGCGUAAGAAUAAAAAGCAGAAGAGUCUUCUGUCAAGCGAGGGCUACGAUUCGAUGCUAAGUAAACUUCGUCCCAGGCACACAUCCUGUACAUAGACUCUUUGGGGUCCAGAUUGGAUUGAGCGUUGUCACAAAGCGAAUUUCGAAGAAAGAAAAAAGGUAUAGUACAAAUGAAUGCGAUUGAACAAAGACACACGAUUGACCUUCGGGCACCACUCUCGAUCGUGAACAAAGUUGGCGUGUUGAUUGCGAAAUGCGG